AUGGCUUACCAUUUUAGUACCAGUAAUGAGACGACGAAGAUGCCACUUAUCAAACCAGAAGGGUCUGAGGAAGUUGCUGAAGAGAAACGAACAUCUAUGGCAACAUUCUUCAUUCUCAUGGUUAUUGUGCUGGCAACAUUACUGGUUCAUUUACUAAUAGUAACCAACUUUUACUACAUUCCUGAAAGUUUAGCCAUAGUUAUUCUCGGAGCCUUUAUUGGACUUGUUCUUUCCUACAGUAAGAGAGAUUGGAGUCAAGUAGAGUCUUUUAAUCCUAACUUCUUUUUUCUCGUUCUUCUGCCUCCAAUUAUUUUCGAAAGCGGCUACAAUUUGCAUAAAGGAGAUUUUUUUGCGAAUAUGCUUCCAAUUCUCACUUUUGCUAUUGUGGGUACAGCGAUAUCAGCAUUUGUUAUCGGUUCUGGUUUAUAUAUAUUGGGGCAGGCUGAUUUAAUAUAUAAGUUGACUGCUGUUGAAAGUUUUGCAUUUGGUUCAAUGAUUUCUGCUGUUGAUCCUGUGGCAACUUUAGCUAUUUUUCAAGCUCUGAACGUUGAGCCAAUGUUGUACAUGUUGGUAUUUGGCGAGUCAAUGCUGAAUGAUGCGGUAUCUAUCGUUCUUACAUCGACUGCGCUGCAAAUGUCAGAUCCAGAAAUGAGUACGCUAUCAACAGGGGGCAGUAUAAGGACAGCAUUGUUUUCAUUCACAUCUGUUUUUUUUGUGUCUGCAGUCAUAGGGGCUGCAGUUGGUUUUCUUUCUGCUCUGUUAUUUAAACACGUUGACUUGCGCAAGACUCCGUCUUUGGAAUUUGCUCUUCUGUUGGUAUUUGCGUACUUGCCUUAUGGGUUCGCAGAAGCACUUUCUUUGUCCGGGAUUAUGGCAAUAUUAUUCUGUUCUAUAACAAUGUCACAGUUCACGCACUAUAAUGUAUCCCCGAUAACUCAAAUAACGAUGCAGCAAACUUUAAGGACAGUGUCUUUUAUUGCAGAAACUUGUACAUUUGCUUAUCUCGGUAUGGCACUCUUCACUAUUCAACUUGCUUUCGAACCUAUGUUUAUCUUCUGGAGCAUUUUACUUUGUUUGAUCAGUCGUGCUUUCAACGUUUUUCCCCUCUCAUUUAUUGUUAACAAAUGCCGGCAUGUCCAGAUAUCAAUAAAAAACCAAUUUAUCAUGUGGCUAAGUGGCAUGCGCGGAGCUGUAGCGUUUGCUUUGGCCUUACAUAUAUCGAUAGAAAAUGAAACCACCAAGAGAAUGUUGCUUACGACUGCUUUAUUCAUUCUACUUUUUACCAUUAUCUUUCUGGGUGGCUCAACACUUCCACUGGUCAAAAUAUUAAACGAGGUUUUCUCGGAGAAAAAACAUACACACAGGAGACGUCGUUCUCGUCGAAGAAAAGACAGAGGAGAGAGCAAGUCACAAGUGAUGAUGAGUAAAACUCAAGAAAUGGUCAUUUUCGAUCACUCGGAACAUAUGACCUCUGCUGCUGAAGAAGCCGCUGGCGUGUCUCAGCGACGUUCCCCUUUACCUCGUAAUCGUAUUGCCUUAUUCAUAGAAAGAUACAUAAGACCAGUAUUUGUGAGGAAAUUUACAAUUCAAGAGAAGAUCGAAAAUAAGAUGAAAUUAAAAAGUGUAGCAAGUGAAGUGUUGAAUAAAACUGCGUUGGAAGCGUUAAAUCUUGAUACUUCUUCAGAAGAGGAAUUGUUUAACCCGAUUCGCAGUGGCGCUGCAGAGCCUCUGCUCAAAUAA